AUGAAGAAGCAAAUAUUGCAUCUUCACCAAGAUCUGAUAGGCUUCAGCCCAAAGGCUGAAGCUUCCUAUAGUUUUUGGUCUGUUAGGAAUACAUGGAUUCCUUUGGAGGAGAAAGAGCUCUUUGACUUAAAGGCCCCUUUGAGUCCCCUAAAUGAGAUUUGGGCCUUACUCUCCAUCCUUAUGGACUUCAAAUAUCUUGAAAUGAUUAAUGUUGAAAAUCUUGAGCACUGUGACUUCCUUGCCCUGAGAAACAUGUUGGUGUGCACACACAUGAUGGAUCUGCUGGAAGUGACAAAUAAUGUCCACUAUGAAAAUUACCGCUGUCAGCGCUUGUCUGGCAUUGGAAGCUCAUCAGAAGGGCAUCAUGAUUCUCAGAAGAAGAUGGACUUACGUGGAAACAAGCCCCAAGCAGGAUCUGAUGGGGAGUGCACAGAGGGGCAUAGCCAUUCAGAAGCUCCUGGCACUUGCCAAGAAAAUGGAAAUGCCCACUACUUCUUCCUCCAAAAUAGAGAUGAGGAGCUUGAACUAGGAGUUCUUUGGCUUGGCAAAGGGAAUCCCCUUGCUCAGAUGGAAGAGGAGAAGAAGGAACAUGAAAAGAAGAUGAAGCAGAUGGAAAUUGAAAUGGAACAAGUUUUUGAAAUGAAGGUUCAAGAAAAGAAGCAGAAAAUGAAGGAUGUUGAACUUGAUUUACAGCGGAAGCAUGAAGAGAGGAUGCGCUCUCUGGAAGCUCAAGAGAAGGAGUUAGAAGAGAGAAGAAGAGCCUUUGAGAUAGAGCUGAAACAAUGGGAAACUGCCAAUGGGGUUACUAUGGAAGAAUUGCGGAGACGGAGUCUUGAAGCCAAUUCCAAAGAGACUGUGGAUGGGAAGGAGAAGGGAAAGAAGAAGAAAGGACUCUUCUGAAACUGAAUGUUGAUUUUCUUCUUGACAUUAUCAGAGAUGUGAGGAGGAAGCUACACAACCCUCUGCUCUUUUUCUAUUUCAUUUUUCGUACGCUUACCAUACUUUGACCACGUGUGAGAGGAUAUAAAGCUUCCUUGUCUUCCUUGCUCAACCUUGUGACUUUGUUCAUGUCACUUUUGAUGGCAGUUGUAUGACAUAAAAUAUCUGAAGUAAGGGGCC